UAAGCAAACGUCUAGGAUCACUGGUUGAUACGAGGCUUCCGAGCUCUGCUUCGGGGCCGAGCUCGGAACACCGAGUCCGAGAUCUAGUACAGAAUACGAGGCCAAGCUGGAGGAAUAUUCCCAUUCUAGCAACGAUGAACUUGUAUAUUUUAGAAGUCCGCCCGGGCUUGACAAAAGUAUGGUCUUCGCCGACAGAACAGCGAAUCGGUUUUUCGGGGAUGAGAUGUUGGGCGCAGAGGUUGAGGCCGAGAGCGAUGGCUAUAAAUAUGGCCUAGUGACAUCGCCAUGGGAGGAAACAAUCGAGUGAUAAUUAUCUCUUUCUUUUUAUCUCAUAUGCUUCAUCAUCAAUUUACAUACAACACCAAAUAUGGCCCUCCAAAUUGCUAUAAUCGGCUCCGGCCUCGCCGGUCUAGCAGCAGCACGUAUCCUCCGCGUGCACCACGAAGUCACCGUCUACGAACGCAGUGGCCCCGACACAGCGACCGGUGGACAGGGAAUCUGCCUGUUCCCCAACGGCAUCAAGAUUCUCCAAGCCAUGGGCUUCGAUCGCGACCGUGCCGGUGCCGUGUCAUGCCACGGAUACCGAACCUUUGACAAGGACGGCAACCUGGUGAAGGACUUCCCGGUUGACUUCAAGGGGAAGUAUGGAGCAGAUACAAUGGCCAUGAAGCGGUCAGACUUUCGGGAUGAGCUCCUGCGACUUGCCACUGCGCCUUCGGAGGAUUUGGGUAUUCAGGGGAGUCCGGCAAAGAUGGUGUGUGAUACUUCGGUUGUGGAUGUUGAUCCUGAUGAGGGUCUUGUUUUUUUCAAGAAUGGCUCGAGUGUUCAGGCGGAUGUAGUCGUUGGUGUGUUACUCACUAAUUGGUAUGACCGCAAAACGGCUGACGGGAAGAUAGUUGCCAACGGCGUGCACUCGCGUCUCCGUCAUCGCAUUGUCAGCUCAAGCUGCCAACCAAAGAAAAACGGCAUGACCUGCUACCGCGUCGCCAUCUCUGCCGAAUCUGUCAAAGAGGCACUGGGUUAUCUUCCCGAAUGGUGGGAUCCGCGCACAGCAGACAGCCGGAUCUCUACCCUGAUAGCCGGCGAUGGAAGUAAACGUAUGGUUGCCGCAUAUCCUCUGCGCCAUUACGAUUACAUGAACUUCUCUUGCCUGUUUCCCACUCGUCAGGACAAAGGCCAUGUCUUGGAUUCAUGGUUCGCGGAUGGUGAUCGACAGGAGAUGGUUGACACAUUUAACGACUUUAGCUACCCUCUUCGCAAGAUUCUCGAUAUCGCAACCGAGGUGAAAGUAUGGGAACUCCAAGACCUCGACUCCCUUCCUCACUGGAACAAAGGACGUGCAAUCCUCAUCGGCGAUGCCGCCCACGCAAUGACCCCAAUGCAGGGUCAAGGCUCGAACAUGGCUAUCGAAGACGCUGAUAGUUUCCAUCUUCUGCGUCCUGGUAUUUCUCGUGAUGAGGUCAAGGAGGUUCUCAAGCAAAUAGACGGAAUUCGUCGGCCGCGUACAGCAAGGGUUCUGAGGGAUACUCGCGCUAUGGCUAAGGGUAUUAGCAUGGAUGAGAUGAUUGCGAAUUUGGACUUUAAUUGUGGGUAUAACGGGGUGUUUGAGGGCUGAGGGGGGUUUAGUGAGCUGUUAUCUGAUCCAAUCUACGGAUAAAUGAUGUUUGAAGCCCUUCGCCUGAGUUCCGCUUUGUUUUAAUAUAGCGAUAUUGAGUAAAUAGCUAUGGUUUGUCAACCAAGACAGAAGUAAAUGCCUCCUUGGUGCUGUAGGACUUGCUUCGAGUUUAUAUUAUGAUAUGCUUUCAUCUUCUGC